AAAAGAAGAAGAAGAAGAAGAGGAAAAAGAAUCAUAGCAAAAAAAGGAAUAAAAUGAGUGAUGAAUGUUGUUAUGUUUGUAAUGAAUGUCCAAAUUCGUAUGCAACAUUGGAUGACUUGGAACGACACAUGGAACAAAUGCAUGCUGGAAUAUUUCGUUCUGAUACGGUUACAACAAAUGGUACAACAGCAACAACAACAGCAACAACAGCAACAACAACAACAACAACAACAACAUUACUAAUACCAAAAUCAGAAACAGAUGAUGAUGAUGGACAAUAUUGUUUAAAAAAUGAUACAGAUGAACAAAAAAUGGAUACGAUGGAGCAUGAUGGUGAAAGUGGUGGUAAUUCACCAAGUAGCUCGGAUUUAUCAAAUUUUGAUAAUACAAUGGAUAGUAUAAAUUAUAAUUUGGAUGAAAGCACAAAUGAUGAAGGUUGUAAAACAUUUGGUUGUCGAUUUUGUCCAAAAUUAUUCCACGAACGAUCACAGGUUUGA